UAUUUGGGCUGGAAUUGACGAACAAUCAAUACCAAUAUUAGUCUUUAUUAGUGUCGAAUAUAAAUCGAAAUGGGGCGUGGCCAAGUGGUAAGGCAACGGGUUUUGGUCCCGCUAUUCGGAGGUUCGAAUCCUUCCGUCCCAGAGCAUAUCCAUUCUAUUAGAAUAAAGAUUGUGUUUUUGAAAAACUUUCUGUUUAAAGAUCUAAUAUUGGGUCGAAUGUGAUUCUUGUUUCUUAUUUUUAAUGAUUCUUCUCUGAAUCAUAUCUUUUUUUUUCACAAACUGGAAUCUAGUUUAAAUGACACGCAAAUAUAACUGAAUCUAUCUGUAAUCCGGGUAAAAUGGGAAUAUAGAUCACAAGAGUUUGAAUUCAAAAAAGUUGGGCGGGCUUUUCAUCAUAUGCUCAGUCCCUUCAUAUUGAAGGAAGCUGGUUACUUCGAAAAACCUUACGCCCGUAUCGAAUUGAAUUUUCAAUGAUGCAUUUUGAAUUGAAAUGCGAAAGAAAAGCUCCUAUAUUCCCUAUCUCUUAUUCUCUAUCCUUUCAAUGAGAGGGCCCCGGUUAUUAAUUCUCUGUAAAUCUCCGAAUUCUAAGGAUCUCUUGAAUUCUAAACAAGAGGGAGUUCUUGGUACUAAUUGAAUUCAAUCAAUGGGAUUAAGUUUCUUAAGACUGGGUUAGGAUAGAAUAAAAAAUAGGAGCAAGGACUUAAUCCGGACUUGUUUGGUUUUGGACCUAUACAAGAUAGUUAGCAUCCUAUUUUAUCAGCUGCUUUUUUUAUUUAUGACUCAUCAUCCUCCUAGAAUUGGGGGAGUAGAUAGGAGUUAAUUAGUAACGGAAGAUAUGAAUUUCAAUAUCUGUGUUUGCCCGAAUCUCAUUAACAAACAAUCAAGUUACAUAUGUAACUGGGGGAUUUUCUUUGAACCCAGUUUUUAGGUAUUUCUUUUUUGGCUAUAAUGAAUAAUUGUAAAUAGAUAUUCAGACCGGGCCGAUUCAGCCAUUUUAUUCACUUUAUUUUAUGGCAAGAUUACAGAAAGAUUACUACUACUACACUUCAAGUCAAACAAAAUAUAAAAAUGCAUAUAAAAUGAGGAAAUGUUUAGCUUAUAUGUAUUGUUAUCGUUCUAUUUCAGUGACAACGGCCUUUCGAUUUUUAUGAAAAAAUUAGUGACAAUUGUUCAGUCUAUCUGAUAGAUAUGAAACCCCCUAUUCGUUCGAUUCUGAUUUUAUCACUCAGAUGAAAGAAUAAGGACUUAAAUCUUCCCUUACAUAAGUCUUUUUUAUCCAUCUCAAAAAAAAGAAAUUGGAUUUUUUGUUUGAUCUAUCUAUCCGCGCUUGAAAUCAUUGAUGAUUCAAUUCGAAAUGAAACAGAAAUUUAUCUAUCUUGUGGUGAUCAAAUGCAGCCCUUACUGUAAAAUUGGAUUCAAAUAAUGUGUCAAAGUGGGAAACUUUUUCAAUUAUAACUAUUUUUAAACCAUUUUUAAUGAUUCCGGAGGAGUUGAAUCUUUGGUACUUGAAGAAGCGUAAGAUUGAUAAAUCUAUCCUAUUGAGUCACUUGAAGAUGCAAAUUAAAAAAAACUUCUUUUUUCGUCUUAUUUAUGUUUUUUUUUAUAAAAAAAUGUUGUAUUCAUACAAUAAAAUAUGGAGUUAAGUUGCAUUUUUGUUGAGAUUCCUUCAGAAAAAUAUCUACCCAUCUAUAUAGAAGAGAAAAAUCUAGAUUACUAUGGACCGACUGAACCAAUGACUAUUCAUGAUUCCAUAAUUGAAUAUUGAAUCAUUUCCAUACCGGUUCCAAUUUAGAGGAAUGUUAUGGUAAAACUUCGUUUGAAACGAUGUGGUAGAAAGCAACGGGCCGUCUAUCGAAUCGUUGCAAUUGAUGUUCGAUCCCGAAGAGAGGGAAGAGAUCUUCGGAAAGUGGGUUUUUAUGAUCCGAUAAAGAAUCAAACUUAUUUAAAUGUUCCUGCUAUUCUAUACUUCCUUGAAAAAGGCGCUCAACCUACAACCUAUUGAUCAUCCAAGAAUAGGUUUUGCUCUAUUGCAACCUGUUCAUUGAAUCUCUUUUCUUUUCUUUGUUCUUUCUUCCUAUCCGUACUUAUAAGAGAAACCACGCUCUGAACUUCAAUCAAUGCUUGGUAGGCUUGCGUGGCAGUCUUCUAGUCUGAAUCCAUCUGCUUUUUGCCGAAGGGUUGGCCGAUAGGGCGGAUGGAUCCAGAGCGAAAACGAGGAAUUGGUCUUGCAUGAUCGGCGAGGAACUACUUAAAUAGGGUUGUCCACUUUUCCAUUUUUGGAUCCUCUCCUUGCUUCUAAUGAAAUAGGAACGAUAGGCUGAGCUCUUCACACAGGUAAAUAGUUCCCCCUAUUGAUCUUGCCGGAGCGGUUCGGUACGCAGGAGUGGCUCGGACACAAGCCUGCCCCAGAUUCAAGGAGAAAACUCUUCUUUUGACUGGGAAUUUCGUAUGUAGAAAGGAGUGAUCGAGAACCUGAGACCUCAGUGCCUUCUUUUGAUCUUGCUUUUGUUCCCGUACAACUUGACUACCAAUACCAAGCCCAGCAAGGCUUACGUCAAACCGGGACAGAGAGAGCAGCGGCUCUCGGAUCCCAACCAAGUGAGAUUCUCCUAUAGAAAGCAAAUCAAACCCUUCUAUGGGUAAUUGCCUAUAUAGUCUAAUUGGGGAAACUAGCUCUUUGCUUCUGCUCAAGAAAGCACGCGCACUCUAUUUGAAAGGAAUGGUCUAGGGGCAACAACCCUACUUUACACAAGAAACGGGAGGUCUCAACGAGCCUCAUCUUUCAAUGCCGAAUGCGAAGGUUACCCCCUAGAAGUCAGAUUGGAAUGAGCGAAAUAGCCUGUGAAGUGCCACAGAAUGAGAAAUGGAUCUGUUUUAAUCGCACUUUUUCUGUAUAUUUGUGGGAGAGUCAUCUCAUCUCUUCGAGUCCUCGAUACGAUGUGCUUUGAGCGCGUAAAAGGGAAAACCUCUUCAAUGGCUCUGCAACUCAUCUUUCCAAUUCAUUUGAAGUAAAGGCUACGAGCGAAAAACAACGCAAAAUGGAGAAAGAUUCGCUACUCAUUUGAUCUCUUCUUUUCUUAUUCUUUACUUGCAAGUUUGAUAGUACUUAGCCAGCCAGGGGGAGUCGAGAGACCGUGCUCGGAGUUCAAACUCUUUUCUAACGAUGCGAGAUGAUGCGGCAGAUUGGUUAUGCUACUUCUUUUCCGACCCUUACUGUCGGUGGCAUUAAGGAGGAGCGGAGCUUAAAAGAACCGGAGCUGGAAGAACUCUUCCAAAAAAGAUCCCACUGGAGCAGGAACCAGAUCUUGCGACUUGCCUUAUGGAUCAAGAUACGAUUCUUCCCCUACUAGAAUCAAAGAAAUAUGAUCCUUCAUUCACACGUACCGGAACCUCUCAAAGCCAAUCUCUCGUCUUUGAGUUGCGAAGCCGAACCAAGAUUCUUUCUCAUUGAUCGGUGCAUGAAGAGGUAUUACGCGGUAUUGUCGACCAACCAAUCAGCUUAAAUGCAGCCAAGUUCACACGCCGUGAAAAGAAGCUAAAUCCAUCACUAACUUGUCAUUAGAUUCCUGUGGAAGCACUAUUUCGUAAGAGGAUCCCCCAGAUAACGUCUUUCGUAGUGACAACUUCGAUAGCGAAACACUUUUCAUUCUCUUUCUUUGCUGUUGCUCCAUCGUGUCACCUUUUGAGGAAUCUUCCACUAUCCUUUUCUUUUGUUUUUCCGCAGUGGAGUCAUCGUAAUGAAAGUGAAAAGCUCAUUUUUCUUCAUCCUCUCUACCGAACUUCCUAAUCAUUUCGUUUAGGAGUCGGUUUAGGAGUUGAUGUCGGACCGGAUUUAGCAGUUGGUGGAGAAGUCGAACAUGAAGAAACUUAGGUGUACAUAGGAUGCACUUGAUUGCAAUUAGAUGGCCUCAUAAAAGGCUUCAAAACCGAAGAUUCACCCCGAAAUAGAGAAGAACACGGGAGAGGGAUCUAAAGUGGCUUAAAGCUCGCUAGAAUUGCCAUAGAAGAGCACUUUUUUCUUGUUGUGUUCGAGACUUCUUCUAUUGCUCAGAAGAUCCAAUCUUCCAAUAUGCUUGCUUUAGGACCAUUAACCGAAAAGUGCAUUCUCAUAUAGCUGUGAAAGCUUAGAAAUGGAGGAAGAAGGGGUAGAACCCUCUAACGUAGGGGCAAGGAAUCAUCAAGUUUAGUGGAGUCAGCAAUGAUAGGUAGAGUUUAGGACCUUCGCUCGAGAGGGUUGACUAGGUGUGUGUAGACGCAAAAAGAAAAGAAUGAACAAAAGACCCCGCUAGCGUAGAAGGAAUUGCUCUUGUAACAUCCGGAAGAAACCAUUCUUACACUUGUCUACCGCCCCAGUAUCCCUUGCCUGAAUAAGGUAAGAUCUGAAGUCGCUUGACUUCACGUAUUGAGUAGUUUACUUAAAGUAGCCUCUCUUGCCUAGCUGUCUUCCCACGAGGUAUUUGAAAAAGUAAAACAAAACACGUUCUAUAUUGAGAUUGACUCACGUUGACACAAUGAUUUCCAGCCUUGAGUCAUCAUGGAAGUGAUCGGUUCAAGAAGAUUUCGCAGAAAAAGAUUCAGUGUCUUACUCAUUCCUUAUUGAUAAGAAUGGUUGCUUUAACCGUCUGAAAAGACUAGAACUAAGGGUCCACUCUUUGGGCUUCGCUUGACCCAAGCCAACAACCCCUCUCUGCCUUCGAUCGGGGUUCACUCCUAGCUCCUUGCCUCAAUUCCUUAUCCCAUUUUUCCUCUAUCAGAGAACGUUAGCAUAUUUCGGUAUGCCACGAAGCAAGGGAUUGAGCUGCGCACCGUUGUUUUGUCUAGCCCUGGUGCCCACAAAAGUCUGAAAUUUAGCGAAAUAGCAACCUCUUCAUUAGAAGACCCCAUGGCAGGUUAUCUUAGCAGCGACAGAGCACCCUCGUUAGGAAAGCAAGGUCACAUACGGAAUACCUGUGCGUGCGUCUCAUUCGGUUGUUGAAGACCUAUUUCCUGUGCUAGCUUCUUGUCUGACCUCUGAUGGAUCUUUGUAGCAGGAAAUGUCCCGAUUCGAUCGAGAUCAUAACUAGCUCCCUAUCACAAUUCCGAAAAGUCAUCUAUAUUGUCAACUGGCAUUGGAUCAACGGAUGGUGGUGCAACUAGCGCUUUGCUACUGAAGCUACUACAUACAAGGGGUUCAGCAAUCAGUAGUGCUGCUAUCUUUCGGAAAGGGAGGUAGUUGUGUCAAUUCUUUCUCCAUCUGCUUUCUUUUUGUUACUACUGCCUACUAUACAUCGUUGAGCCCGUGUCAUACUGCUAGAUCUCCUAUUCGUUCCGGGACAAGAGAAACUCGUGGCUGUCAGCAUCACGAACAUAAGGGGCUGGGUAUCACUAUGGAUACGAAUCUCCAACUGUGCUCGAUUGACAUCUGCAUCUGCGGGCACGUCAUCUACAACUCGCUCUGUGUCUUGAUCAUAUGCUGCUGACUAAGCAAUAGAAACUGGAACUGUUGCUACUAGGUCAACUGAGUCAAGUAAAUCCAUUCAGUCAACUAAGUCAAAUGAUUCUUAUAGUUCAAGCCUCUAAUCUUGAUCAACGGUGUGGUAAUGUUGGUAAUUAGACCAAAUUCUGCAAUCUCCCUGUCUUUUUUCUAACUAAAGACUAGGGGGGAAACCUCUCGAGUAUCUAUCGCGAGCCUUAUUGAGAAGCGGAUAGACUGAGUUGCCAAUUGAGUCAGUUGCCAGAAGGUGAUUUGGAAAGCGCAUUCCCCGAUCCAUUCUAUGGAUAUAUGAGGAGAUUCUGAAACAACUAAUGGAACGAAACUCUUGGAAACUUCAUAGCGUAAUAGCCUCCUUGAGGCUUUGCCGCAGACCUCUCUCUACUAAUUGGGGCUUCUUCCUCACCUGGUCUUAGAUGAUCGGAGUCUCUGCCUCAAUGGAAAGGUGAAUCUUACUCAUUUGCUAAUAGCUCUUAAUAGAAUGACUGUAGUAAAGGAGGUUCGGGACGAACGAGUAGACUGAUUAGUAAGAGGUUGGUUCGGGUUAUUGUUGAUAUUCUCUUAAGAAACAAACAACUAUUCAUUUGAUAGAAGAACGACUCCCUCUAGUCAAUGACUUCAGAAAGAUCAUGCUACCUUCAUGGAACAGAUGAUCAAUCAAAGAAUAGGGGAUGGUUUCUGGGUUCAGAGUUGGAUCUUCUACACGGAACAACAACGGAAGCAACAGGCUUAUUGGUUGAAGCAAGGCAAUGUCAUAGGGGCGGUAGGGAGUCUUUUCGGGCACUAUUCAUAUAAAGAAGUUCUAUUUCUCUGAUGGCGCGCAGUAGCCUAUAGCUAUGGACUAUAGGAGUAAGGUUAGCCCUGGGUAAACUCUCUAAGAAGAGGACCAUCUGGACGAGAAGAGAAAGAGAUUGACAAGCAAAUAGCGAAACUACAAGCUGAGAAGAGUGGAAAUCAAACUGUUCGAAUUCUAUUCUAUAGUAGUAAUAUCAUAGUAAGACUGCCCCUUAUUAGAGAAGCUCGGUUUAUCAGUCGUCUUCCUAUUAUGAAAGAUUCUUCUUGCUUUUCCACUUGCUCUUCAACUGCGGCUGUUAUCUUUAGUGAAGGGUGGCCAGGGAAGAAGACAGAGAAUCAAUAGAUGAAUGUGCGCAAAGAAAAGACAAACAAGCAACAAGAUUCAUACUAUCAUACUCCUCAUACUCCAAGGAUUAUAACUACCAUACUCAAAAGAAAACAUACGCCCAUAGGUACAUAGGAAGAAAGAGACGAUGGUCUCCAAGGUUGUACUUCGCUUAGCUUAGUGUUUAAAGAGAAGUCUUAUUCCAUUUCCUGAAGGACAUGUCGUACCUAAGGCCGAUGCUCUUAGUAAGAAAAUAGAUUGUAAAUAUCAUGAUUUCACUUCCACAGAGAAAUGCUGUCCCAGAUGCAAGUUUGAUAGAGCUGCGGAGGAAACGUUUAGAUCUGAGGUGAAAACCGCAGAUAAAGGAAGUGGCCUAUAAUCAAUGUGGUCCAGAGACCAGUUCAACAGCAGAAGCUCGAACCAGCUUUGCAGCGCCUAACCUAUCCGACUGGAGAUGGUUAUGGGAGUGGACGUGGCGGAUUUCUCAUUCAUCGCUGCUACCUCUAUCUCAAGGGGAUUGUCCAGUUUCGGAGCUUUUAGAUGAAGAUGAAAAGUCUCAGUAGCUCUUCCUUCUUUCCUUGUCUUCUUUUCAAAGAUUGGGAACAUCAUUGACUAUCUUGUUUGAUUGAGAAAUGCUGGUUGGAGAGUCCGGUGGUGAGGCAUAAGCAGCAGAAAUGGCUGACGUAAAUUAGCUUCUGAAAGCUUAGUUGGACGCAGGGAGAGCAAUUAGGAGUGAAUUUCUCAGACUUGAGCCAUGCCUCUAUUUAUGUCUCCAGACGAAGGAAGUCACAACUUCAACAGCCUACUCGGGCUACAACGCAAGAAAAGGAAUCCGAGUCAUAGGGGUGGUUUCAUCCUCUCGCUGCUGCAAUCGGCUGUUUGAAGCACUAUUUCAUGAAUCACUUCCCAUCCCAGCAUCUCCCUAUCUAAUUAGGAUAUUGGCAACAUAUCCUGGAAUUGCUAGUCCCUCGAAGCCAUCUAAUGCUUUGUCUUCGACCUAUCUUGCUGGGUCGCUAGAUGGAGUUCUCUAUUCUUAGUCAAUUCUGCAGUUUCACUAAAGCAAGUGGAGUCAGUCAAGAGCUUGAAUCUGAAGUUACCGUUUACCGGAGAGGAUCCCGGUUAGUCACGGCUCGAGCAAGAAUUGACUGUCAUCCUCAUAGGUACUUCCCGAAUGACCGUUCUAUAAAUAGAGAUAUACCCCAUAUACAAGAAGAAAACAGAAAACCACUGGCCACCAGAGGGGAGCUUCACUUGGAAGGUGAACAAUGCGAGGUUAGCAGAAAAAGUAAGAACCUAAGCAGAUAUAAAGCGAGUGCGCUGCGCCCCCACAUUCAAGAAAGAACCGUGUACCGGACUUCCGAAGCUAUUCAUGAAAGGCUUCCAGAAAUUCUCUUCAUUCGAGCCAUGUCAACAACAGUUCCAAACCUUCGUCUUUCUUUUUACGAUGAAUCACUUUCUUUCUCUUAACAUUCUGGCUUCUGCUCUUCAUAAAGAAGAGGGGUUUACAGCUUUUGAUGAAGAAAUCUGCUCGACAGGAGGCUCAGCGUCAGAAAAAGAAAAGAUGAUCUUCCUUUUGAACCCACGCACGAGGAAUCAAUGUGGGAAGGGGACUUAGCUAAGUGGAGAUGAUUUCAGUCAUUUUGAUGCUAUAUGCGACUAAACUUUUCGAAAAAGAGAACCGGUCUAAAGGGUAAAAUUGGCUUGCCAGCUUUUCCAUAUAUAUCCGGCAUCACUUUCUUUGUUAUCCCCGCCCAUGAAUUCACCAGUCAACCUGUUGCUUCCUUACUAACAACUCAACUCUAGUUAAUCUGCUUGCGCUUGCCUUUUUCUUUCCGUUUUGAACUGCCAUGAAGAACCUUUCUGACUUAGAAGAAGGUGGUGAAUCACCAAAGUAGUCUAUCUAAUUCAUAUUGAUUAUCAAAGCGGGCAAACCACUUCUCUAUUUCUAUUUCAUUAGUUUGGCGAAGUGGUUAUUCCUUGCGCUUUUAUCGGACCUUGGGAUCGCAAAGAAAAGAAGUGCAUUCCGAUCCCUUUCAUUCAACCACCGCGUCUUUAUUGUUUCAACCUAAGUCAGACUUUUUCCGGUCGAAUAGGGGAACAGCUUGCUAGCUUUCGGCCCUUGGCUGCCAGCAGAGCGGAGAGGUUCAUCAUUCUUUUGCCCCAUAUCGGGGAUAGAUUGAGCCUCCGGAUAGUGGCUUGUGAGGCCCAAAAAGGGGUUUCAAGAUCUACUGGAUUGGCCAUUUUGGGUGGAUGGUACUAGCUUUGGGGUUAC